AUGCCUCCAAAGAAACAAGUUGAAGAAAAAAAAGUCUUAUUAGGUCGUCCAGGUAAUAACUUAAAAUCUGGUAUUGUUGGUUUAGCUAACGUUGGUAAAUCAACUUUCUUUCAAGCCAUUACUAGAUGUCCUCUAGGUAACCCAGCUAAUUAUCCAUAUGCUACCAUUGAUCCAGAAGAAGCUAGAGUUAUCGUCCCAUCUCCACGUUUAGACAAACUAAACGAAAUCUACAAACCAAAAUCAGAAGUCCCAGCUCACAUUACCCUUUAUGAUAUUGCCGGUUUAACAAGAGGUAGUUCCACUGGUGAAGGUUUAGGUAAUGCUUUCUUGUCCCACAUUAGAGCUGUUGAUGCCGUCUACCAAGUUGUUCGUUGUUUCGAUGAUGCUGAAAUUAUCCAUAUUGAAGGUGAUGUUAACCCAGUUCGUGAUUUGGAAAUUAUUUCAAAUGAAUUGAGAUUAAAAGAUAUUGAAUUUGCUGAAAAACAUUUAGAAGGUGUUAACAAAAUCACUAAAAGAGGUGGUCAAUCUUUAGAAGUUAAACAAAAAAAAGAUGAAGCUGCUUUAGUUGAAAGAAUUAUUGAAUUAUUAAAAGAUGGUCAAAGAGUUGCCAACCAAACUUGGAGUCCAAAAGAAGUUGAAGUUAUCAACACCAUGUUUUUAUUAACUGCUAAACCAACUAUUUACUUGAUCAAUUUAUCAGAAAGAGAUUACAUCAGAAAGAAGAACAAGCAUUUGUUGGCUAUUAAAGAAUGGGUUGACAAAUUCUCUCCAGGUGAUGUCAUUAUCCCAUUCUCAGUUUCAUUAGAAGAAAGAUUAUCCCACAUGGAAACUGAUGAAGAAAGAAUCGAAGAAGGAAAGAAAAUCGGUGCUCAAUCUCAAUUACCAAAGAUUAUCACCACCAUGAGACAAAAAUUAGAUUUGAUUUCAUUCUUUACUGCUGGUCCUGAUGAAUGUCGUGAAUGGACUAUUAGAAAAGGUACCAAAGCUCCACAAGCUGCUGGUGUCAUUCAUAAUGAUUUAAUGAACACUUUCAUCUUGGCCCAAGUUAACAAAUAUGAAGAUAUCAUCCAAUUCAAAGAUGAAGCUGCUGUUAAAGCCGCUGGUAAAAUGUUACAAAAAGGUAGAGAUUAUGUUGUUGAAGAUGGUGAUGUUAUCUACUUCAGAGCUGCUGCUGGUAAAAACUAG